AUGGCACUACUGAUGAAUCAGUGGAUAUAUUUGGUUGCUCUAUCACUGACAGUGACCACGAGCCAUGCUUUGAGAAGAAUUGCCCUGAAAAAGAUGCCAUCUAUCAGAGAGACUCUGCAGGAGCUGGGAGUUUCUGUAGAGCAGGUGAUGACUGAGCUGGCCCAGAAGAGCAUAGCUGACACCAACAACGGAACUGUUCCCACGCCGCUAACCAACUAUUUGGAUACGCAGUACUUUGGAGAAAUCAGUAUUGGCUCUCCGGCCCAGAUGUUCAAUGUGGUGUUUGACACAGGCUCAGCCAACCUGUGGGUGCCUUCGCAAAGCUGCUCACCGUUCUCCACUGCCUGUUUUACUCACAACAGGUAUGAUGCUUCCAAAUCCCGGACUUACAUUGAGAAUGGAACAGGAUUUUCCAUCCAGUAUGCCUCUGGAAAUGUCAGGGGAUUCCUGAGCGAGGAUGUGGUUGUGGUUGGUGGCAUCCCAGUAGUGCAAGUGUUUGCUGAAGCCACGGCUCUGUCUGCCAUGCCCUUCAUCUUUGCCAAGUUUGAUGGAGUGCUGGGGAUGGGAUACCCCAACGCGGCCAUUGAUGGCAUAACCCCAGUGUUCGAUCAUAUCAUGUCUCAACACGUCCUCAAAGAAGAAGUUUUCUCCAUCUACUACAGCAGGGACCCAAAACGCUCCCCAGGCGGAGAGCUUGUCCUCGGUGGAACAGAUCCAAAUUACUACACUGGAAGUUUUAAUUAUAUUAACACCAGACAGACAGGCAAAUGGGAACUUACCAUGAAAGGUGUUUCUGUGGGGAGGGAGAUGAUGUUUUGCGCAGAGGGCUGCACAGCUGUGAUCGACACGGGCUCCUCCUACAUCACAGGCCCGGCCUCCUCUGUGUCCGUGCUGAUGAAAACCAUCGGAGCACAGCUGGAUGAAAGUGGAUACAAAGUCAACUGUGACACUGUGAAGACGCUACCCAGUGUCAAGUUCCUCCUCGGUGGCCAGGAAUACUCGCUCACACAGGAGGAUUAUAUAUUAUGGCAAUCACAGAUCGAAGGGGAAGUCUGCACCGUUACCUUCAGGGGCUUGGAUGUGCCGCCUCCUACAGGUCCCAUAUGGAUUUUGGGAGCCAACUUCAUUGCACGCUACUACACAGAGUUUGAUCGCCGCAAUAAUCGGAUAGGGUUUGCCACAGCAGUCUGA